AUGACUCACCUUAGAGGUAUUGGACAAACCUCCAACCCCCUACAAAGCUCUGAAGUUAUUCAACGGGAAGAUGAAGAAGGCAAUCAUGGUACUGUCCAGCCUUACGUGGUUGCAGGCCUACCUAUCAACCUCUGGGGCAGAGAUAUUCUCUGUCAAGUGAAGCUCAUUAUGUGCAGCCCUAAUGAACUAGUCACUCACCAGAUGCUCAAUCAAGGAUUUCGCCCUGGGCAAGGGUUGGGCAAACACUCUCAGGGCGCAAAAGAGCCGGUCCUGGUCACCAUAAAAACUGAUCGUGCUGGAAUUGGCUAUGAAAAUUUACCCUAA